GUUUAUCGUACUUUCUGUCGUUUACACCGACGACUCUCGAGUAUAUAAGCUUUAGGUCUUCCAGAGUCAUUCCCGAGGCCUCUCACGCAGACACACUUUCUGUGUACCACCAUGAACACCAUACGAGCAUCUGUAGUCCAGACUUGCACAGCGGCUUAUUCGCUGCCGGACACUUUGGACAAGCUCGAGCGACUCACUCGUCUUGCUGCAGAACGGGAUGGCAGCCAAUUGGCGGUCUUCCCGGAGGCAUUCAUCGGGGGAUAUCCAAAAAUGGCGACAUUCGGAGCUGUUGUAGGAGAACGUUCACAGGAAGGUCGAGAGGAAUUCCUCCGCUACCACACAGCGGCCAUCGAGUUACCCUCUCCCGCGCUCGAGCGCAUCGAGAGCAUCAGCAAAGAGACCGGGGUCUUUCUUGUCAUCGGCAUAAUCGAGCGUGAUGGAGGAACCCUCUAUUGCACCGCGAUAUUCGUCGAUCCCAAGGCAGGAUACGUCGCAAAACAUCGUAAGUUAAUGCCAACGGCGUCCGAGAGGUUGAUCUGGGGACAGGGAGGAGCAGACACCUUGCCUGUCGUUGAAUCGUCCUUCUCGAGCGAGUCCUCACCAGCAGUGAAGGCCAAGCUCUCAGCUACGAUUUGUUGGGAGAACUAUAUGCCUCUUUUGCGAACCUUCUAUUACUCAAAGAACACACAACUCUACUGUGUUCCCACCGUUGACGCCCGUCCCGUCUGGCAACACACGAUGGUCCACAUCGCCCUCGAAGGGCGCUGCUUCGUCCUCUCGGCCUGCCAAUACUCUCAGGAGAAGGACUAUCCGCCAGACCACGCCGUACGCAACGCCGAAGCUCGAAAUGGCGAGAAUGUGAUGAUUGCCGGUGGGAGUGUCAUCGUGUCGCCGCUGGGGAAGAUCCUGGCCGGCCCUUUGUUGGAAGGCGAGGGUGUCCUGACAGCUGAACUGGAUUUGGACGAUAUUGCGAGGGGGAAAUUUGACUUGGAUGUUGUGGGUCAUUAUGCGCGGUCGGAUAUAUUCAAGUUCGAGGCGAACGGAGCAUAGACUUGGAGACAGUGCCAUCUGAUGCUAAAAAGCUUCCACAGCUCGUGUAGUAUCAAUGCAAUGUUGUAACAAAGGGUAUUAGCUGCGAGCCCA